AGAUGUAAUCCGCCAGAAAAUUAAACGAAGAAGCAGCACUGCCGCCGCCGCCACUGGUUCUGGCGUUAUGGCUUAUGUGAGGCCCUACGUCGAGGGCAACGUAAUGAGCUGACGAUGCCAGCGAUCCUGUAGCGGUUGCCUAUUUUGGGACGAGGACCGUGGGACUCCGAGUUGGUUUGGGGAUCGCUUGGUUUGAGCCACGGAUGGAAACGGAGCUCUUCAAAAUGGCAACCCCCUAUGUUACGGACGAGUCUGGAAAAUACAUUGCCGCCACGCAGCGGCCGGAUGGCACGUGGAGGAAACCGCGGCGGGUGAGGGAAGGCUAUGUCCCCCAAGAAGAGGUCCCGGUAUAUGAAAACAAAUAUGUGAAGUUCUUCAAAAGCAAACCAGGUCUUCCUCCAGGCCUGAGUGCAUCAGAUUCCGAGCCCCAGAAGCAGCAGCAACAGCAGCAAAAGAUCCCAGGAUGUGCAGACGGCGCCGCCGGCAGCCUCUCCAAGUCGGCCAAGCGCAACCUGAAACGGAAAGAGAAGCGAAAACAGCAGCAACAGAACGACCCAGAGGAGAGUGCGGCUGACGUGGCGUCUCUCUCCGAUGCUGUUGAGAAUGUGAACAUCUCAGCGGGUGGCGAGCACUUGCACAAAGUGGCGGCGGCAGAUGAUUCCCCUGAAGCGGAAAAAGCUAAGAAGAUUAAGAAUAUGAGAAAGAAGCUGCGUCAGGUGGAGGAGCUGCAGCACAAGGUGGACUCGGGGGAAAUCAAGCAGCCAACACACGAUCAGUUGGAAAAGUUGGCCCGGGCCAAGACUCUGCGAGAAGACUUAGAGCAGCUGGAGGGCCACUCGUGAGAACGGACAAAUGUGGUCAAAUACUUCCUGUGUGAUUCCAUCUCAUAUCACUUAACAUGGGCGACCUGAGCCAGCCCUCCAUGGAGCCAUGUAUUCCAAUUAGAAUGAAUCCAAAUGAGCAAAGGGAAUGAAAAUGCUCCAUACAAACGCCUCUAUCGGAAUAAAAUGGCCAAAUCCCUGUGGCAUUUUUUUGGGCUUUCACAAGGGAAGCUAUAUUCCUUUUGCCCAUCCCAAUGAGCGUCAUUUGAAAAGUUAAAUCACAAUAUUCGCCCUGCAUCCGUCCUGCGCAUUCUCUGUCUUGACCUAAACGCGUAGUGACGUCGUCGUGUGUGCACUUGAAAAUGGCAGCGUCUUACCAGAGCUCGUCUGCAACGGAAAAACUUCUUUUAAAGUACUUGGAACUUUUUAUCAAGGUGUUGCUUUCAGAAAAAUCACAAUACUGUGCUCAAUAGAUCAAAUGAACUCAAUCUUGAUCAUUAAACGAUCGCCGCCAGUCACCCGGCUGGUCUAAUGAGCGUAGUGGAGCGUGUGAAUGUUAGAUA